AUGCCUUCCCAACCUGCUGACACUACCGUAACUCGUCGUACUCGUCCCUCCAAUGCAAUUGCACAUCCUGAAGUUGCUGCUGCUCGAGCAGAAAAGGCAGAGCAGGCUGCAGCACGGGCCGCAGCUGUUGAAGCAGGAGCUAAGCGCAUUGCUGGUAUAGAGCUGGAGAUGGAAGCCAAACAGACGAGCAUGCUGGCAAGGAAGGCUAAGGGAGUUCGGCCUCGUCCAAUUCCCGCCAAAGGCAAGAAGGUGGCUGUAAAGGAUGGUCUGAGUCAGGCGGAUGUCACAGCAGCCUAUGGUGAAGGCGAUGAGAUGGGUCUCAAGGAUGACUCCAAAAAGAAGAUUACCAAAGUUUCGAUGAAGGAUGCUGUCAAUCAAGCGCGUGAGCAAAUCAAACAGACAACUUCUGCUGAUGGCGGAGAUAAGGAUGCACGUGUCCAUAAGAAGGGUGACUCAAUGGAUGUCACAGUGAACAAGCCUGAGUAUACUUUUAGCAGCAAAGUUAAGAGCUGGGUCUCAGACGUCGACAUACCCAUCAAGAAUCAGAAUGCACCGCUGAGUCAUGUGACUCACACAUCGCCUCCUCCUUCAACAGUUUUUUCUCGUCUUACAGGCUCUUCCAAGACAACUCACAGUGAAAUCCUGACUGGUAUUCUUAACAGUCCUCAAUGUUCAGGUGUAGAUGAGGAUAUACCAGGAGGUUUUGCUGAUGACGAGGAUGAGGACGAGAUUGACAAAUUGGAACGCCUGGCUGCACAUGGAAUCACUACCAAGGAAGGGCGGUCAGCUGCAGCAACGGUGCUGACUCUCACCAUUGAUGACUCUGAUGAUGAGUUGGAGAUUCCAGCAGAGUUUCGUGCUCUGUUCACCCAGCCUUCACCAGUAGGCUUGCCUAAGGCUUCCUUUGCAGUUGGCAACCUCAAAAGGAAGGCCUCUGAAGGGAGUGAAAUUGAAGAUUUAGAUUUUUUGUCGGUUGAUGCCUUUGACAAUACAAUGGAAAUCGACCUACCGGACAAGAGUGAUCUGACGUAUGAAGUGAAGCCUGGAAAGCCCCCCCAUAUCACAAGCUCAACGUCAGUCGUGACCACAGACACCAAACCUGCUCUCACUAAGAAGGCAAAGGUAGAAUCACUUAAGGUUUCAACAUCUCUUCACGCUACUCCUGCCAAACCCAAGGAGCACCAAGAAUCCCUCUGGAGCAUCCCAGAUGAAACUCUACUGACACAUAUCCAAAUUGCAUUUCAGGCAGUCUACCCAGAGCUUAACCUUGUCAUUGUUCAGAACGGUGCUGUUUUCUCACUCACUGUCCAACGGCUUUCUGAGUGGCGGAGCAACUUCAGCUCUACGGCCAUCGCAAUCAUCUUCGAUUUUCUGACGAGCAACAAUGACUGUGACCCAGAGGUUCUUGCAGGGCUCCUCUUGAAGAAUUUCGCCUUCAUCUUCAAGGACAUGGACAAGUGCGAGCCUGACGGGGCGUUCCACUCUGCAUUUAUGCUGCAGCUCCUUGGAAAGGCCCACCUUAGCACCAUUAAUGGCCAUGCUACCAUUCCCGCAUUGAAAACCAAGGACCUUGCAACAAAAGGGAUGGCUGGUGUUAUUGCAUUUUGUGCUACAGCGCUUGAGCGUGCCAUCACAUUGAUUUCAGAUGGCGAUAUCAAAGUCGAGGACAUCUUAGCAUCAACCUCAGCACACAGCAAGUUGAACAUCAAGCUUCCCAAAGUACUCAACAAGGUCACCAGGAAGGUGACAAGUGCUCCAUAUCUGUUUUCACGCGAUCUCUGGGGUUAA